AUGUGGGCAUCGAGCUGCUGUCGGCUUCGAUUCUCGCUCUUUCUCCGAUGGACGCCGACGCCACCAGGAUCGAAUACUACGCCACGGUGGGAGAGCCUAUGUCUCCGAUUCAGAUCUGCCUCACCGAUCCUACCGCACAGCCAGGCCCUGCAGCUCUUUCGCCGCAGUUCUCUCCGCCUUCAGCUCCUCGUACUGGCUCGCCUUCUUAUCCUCAUCCUACUCUCCCCGGACAAAGCAACGACGACCAGUCUGAAAUCCCAAUUCGCCAUCUCCCCGCAGCGACGUUUCCAAUCCGAACCGUGCCCAACAGAUCGCCAAUAG